AGCUGACGGUUUAGUCAUUACGAAAACCUAAACGAAGAAGGUCGGGUGUUGCGCCUACAUUGAAAUGGAAAAAUAACUGAAACAAAAAAAAAAACUUGAAAGAAAAACGAGAAAAAUAACGAAAACCUACUACGACUGCGCAAAAGCCUUUAACGAAAGAAAAAAAAUAUAAAAAACGGAAAUUGUGUUGAAAAAAAAAAACAAAAUUUGGGAAAAUUUAAAAACUAAUUUUCUCUCAAGUGAUUCAUAGUCAUAUUUCGGUUCGAAUUUCGGUUUCUAAGAAUCGCUCGCGACCAUGAAACGUCUGAAAAGCAUUGCCCGCAUUGCCUUCGACCUGGUGAUCUUUGUCGGCGUCUGCCUGUGCGAACUGGGAUUACGCAAAUGGCUAAAACCCCACAAACGUGGCUUCUUCUGCAACGAUGAGUCACUGCAGUAUCCCUAUCGUGAAAGCACCAUAACGGUGCCCAUGAUGGUGGGCAUUGUCUUGGCGGUGCCCUGCUCCGUGAUUAUGGUAAUAGAAUUAUUUAAGCAACUUUCUCCGCUGCCGGCGGCGAGCAGCUGUGAAAAACGCAAAUCACCACAAUCGAAUGCCAGCAAACAGAGCGGUUGUCGUGUGGCCGAACGUUUGAUGCACUGCUAUGCCCAAAUAGGUUAUUACCUUUUCGGGUUGGCUUUGACACUGGUGGCCACCCAUAUAACCAAGAAGACAGUGGGUCGUUUGAGGCCCCACUUUUUUGCCGUCUGCCAGCCACAAAUGCCGGAUGGUUCGACCUGCAAGGAUUCAUUUAAUUAUGGCCGUUACAUUGAGGACUAUCAAUGUUUGGGCCAAAAUCACACCGAAUCCACGCUGGGCCAGGUGGGCCAAUCAUUUCCCAGUGCCCAUUCGAGUGUUUUCUUCUAUUCCAUGUUGUAUUUGGCCUUUUAUCUGCAGGCUGCCCUCAGUACCAGAGCCUCGAAACUCAUGAAACACCUGCUGCAAUUCACCUUCAUCAUGUUUGCCUGGUAUGUGGCCUUGUCGCGUAUCUCCGACUAUUGGCAUCAUUGGUCUGAUGUUUUGGGUGGCCUGAUCUUCGGCUGUGUCAUUGCCUAUAUUAUAAGUCACUAUGUGGCCCACAUUUUUGUCAGAAGACCCAUGCGCUUGAAUUCGAAUGUGGCGCCCAAGCCGCCAGCCAAACCUUCGGCGUCACCGGCCAAUUCCUCGGGAAAGGCCAAUUCCUCACCGCCCGUCUUGCCAGCCUAUACAUUUGGUACACUGCCUUACUUGCCACAUCCCCAUGCCACAGCAGCAGCGGUGGCUGCCGCCGCGGCCCAACAACAGGCACAAUAUGCUCAAACUUAUCACAAUUAUGGUUAUGUGCCAUAAAGGAGUGAAAGUAGUCAAUCGUCUCAACGUCAUCAGCAUCAUCAUCGUCUCGAACCCCAAGAGGAAUAAUAAGCAUCAUCAUCCUCAUCAUCAUCAACCAGCCAGGCCGACUCAAGCUGCAUGUCCCGACUGCAUGCCUCAACGAUAACAAAGCUGCAGUUUCGCCAAAAUCUGGAUUUUCAUUUUUGGUUGAAAAAAUGAAAACACCCAACCAACCAACUCUCAUGCCGAACGCAAAGGAAAAUCAUUGGCGAACCAAUGAAAUUGCGCGUAAAAACAACAACAAAUUGUUUUUCUUCAUUUUCGUUAAUGAUAUUUUGCCUAGUUGUAAGCGUUUAUUUAGCUAUUUUUUUUUUCUUCUCUAAUUUUUUCAAUUUCAAUUUGGCCUGUAAAUUCUUGUCUUAACCAUAUUUGGUUAGCCACCAGCCGCUGUCCAAAAGAAAAACGAAGCAGACAAGCUAAGCUUGCCAAUGCAGAAGUGAGUUGAUCACGUUGUGUGCAAUGUGUUGCAAUGGGGUUGUGUGUUCGAUGCCAGCUGGGUAUUGGGUGUAGGGAAAAGUUAAUGCAGAGCUUAAAUAUGGGAGUUCUAGACACGAUACUGCAUUUGAGAAGAGUUUUGAGAAAGGCAUAGUAAUUCAGCAAGCGUUUUAUAGAGGAAAAGUCACUUCAUCGAAUUUUUUACUCAAAAAAGCAAAUUUAGUUUAAUUUUUAAUUUUUUUUUCUGGAUUGGAAAUAAUUUUCUUGUAGUGGAAAAACAGAAAAAUUUAGGGAAAAUAUUUGAAGGAUUUAAAAAGAAAAGGACAAUUUAGUUAAAA